CAGAAGGUGUUUCCUGAGCCGGGGCGCCACCACAGCCAGCACAUUCAGCUCUUCUCCACAGGGACAUUUUCUCCUAGGAGCUGUGGCAGUUUCUGGUUCCCAGAGUUUGAGUCUGCUGUGAUGUAUCCAAGAGUCCUGGCCUGUAGUCUUGACAGCUGAAGCAGUCGACAGGAUCACUGUGUAUGGUCCCUCCCAAGCUGAGCUUCUGUGAGCUGUUGAAGAGUUUGUUGAAAUUUAGCCAAUGAGGUGACAUCUCUCAAGACCUCGACAGUACCCAGCCAUGGGUCAGGGGUCCUCCACAGACACUAACACGGAGAGUGCUGACCGAGGCUCCAGCUUCAACAGUUAUUUUGAAAAUUUCAAGGUGGAAAGUAGAAUCAUCUCAGAGGAAACAAAGGACUUGAUUCAGUGCUAUCUUGAGAAAGGGGACAUUGUGAGAGCAGUUGUUACAGCUAACAAGGCGCUGAAUGACAUCGAGAACGCUUCACUGAGCAUUGCGGUGACUGGGGAGACUGGAUCAGGAAAGUCCAUGCUCAUCAAUGCGCUGCGGGGGCUGGGGCCUGAGGACAAAGGAGCCGCGGCCACUGGGCCGGUGGAGACCACCAUGAAGAGAGCCGAGUACAAACACCCGAGCCUGCCCAGUGUCUCAAUAUGGGACCUGCCCGGCCUCGGGUCCACCAGUUUCCCUCCUGAGACGUAUCUGGAAGACGUGAAGUUUGCCGAGUACGACUUCUUCCUCAUCGUCUCUGCCUCGCGCUUCAAAUACAAUGACGUGCGCUUGGCCCAAGCCAUUGCAAGGAGGAAGAAGAACUUCUAUUUUGUUCGCACAAAAGUGGAUUUAGAUUUAGCCAGUGAGAAGCUGACUAAACCUACAGCCUUUAAUGAGGACCGCAUACUCCGAAGCAUUCGAGAUGACUGUGUGAGAGGGCUGCAGAACGCCCAGGUGAGUGCUCCUGAAGUAUUCUUGAUCUCCAGCCUUGAUACCUCACAGUUCGACUACCCUGAGAUGGAAACUGCCCUUCUGAGGGACCUGCCGGCUCACAAGCGCCACAUCUUCAUGCUGUGCCUGGGCACCGUCACAGAAGCCGCCAUUGACCGGAACAGAGAUGCCCUGAAGGAGAAGGCCUUCCUGGAGAUCAUGAAGGAGAGAAGAUAUGCCUGGAUACCGCUUGUGGGCCUCUUCUGUGAGAGUAACUUAAAGAAGCUAGAGGACGUCUUGACCAGGUACAGGGCUCACUUUGGGCUGGAUGAUGCGUCACUAGAUAAGAUAGCAGCGGACUUUCACGUCUCCGUGGAGGAACUCAGAGCACGCCUGCAGUCUCGCCACCUCCUGUUGGCUCAGAGGGACGGAACCCUUGGGGAGUUCAUGAGGCAGCUUCUGGAGAAGGUCCACGCAGUCACUGGAGGACCCUUCGCCGCUAGUGCGUACUUUAACAAGACCGUGUAUUUUCACAAUUAUUUCCUUGACACUUUGGCAACUGAUGCAAAAGCUCUCCUUAAGAAAGAAGACCUUUUUGGUGCUUCUGCCAGCUCUGCUUAGGGCCACAAAAAUGGCUAAGUGAGGCAGUCACCACCGGCCCUCACCCUGCGGUGCUCACUGCUCUGGGCCUCUCAUCCUUCCUUAUGCUGUGCUACAAAUUACCUGCUGCAAGCAGGUGCAGCAUCCACACCCACAAUAAUCUAUCACAAACUCCACAAGCUUCCCCGUGACUGCAUGAG